AUGAACUCUCUUCGCACCUCUCUACCGGUCUUGAGGGCUUGUCGAAAUGCCUGGACGCCGGUAAUCCCGUUGCAUGUCCGACACUUCCACCCGACCAAACCAACUCCCAACCUCAUCAAUGCCGCAUUGGAUGCCUCCGCUGGCCUGAUUCAUGGUGUACACAAUGUCACCUACCUUCCAUGGGUCGUCUCUAUUCCCCUUACAGCCGUAAUUGUCCGAACCGCUGUCGGAUUACCACUACAAUUCUACACACGGAUCAACGCACGCCGCGAACGAGAUAUAUCGCCCUUGCUACAUUCCAGCCGAGUGAUGUGGGAAAAGGUCAGGAAACGCCGAGGCGAGAACCCAAUUAAAUAUAAGCAGAUAGCGCAGAGGGACUUUGAACACAUACGAGAAAGAUGGGGAGUAAACUCCUGGUAUAAGCUCUUAAAUUUUGCCCAGGUGCCCGUCUGGAUAUCGCUCAUGGAAAGUCUUCGUGGAAUGUGCGGCAAUACAAACGGCCUAGUACCCUGGUUACUCUCGUUGAUUGAACCAACCAAGGAGACAACAGAAGAAACUGUCCAGUCCCUCCAUCUAACAGUGGAACCAUCACUCGCCAACGAAGGCGCACUCUGGUUCCCUGAUCUGCUGGCCGGUGACCCGACAGGAGCAUUGCCUGUCCUGCUCACAGCAUCCAUCUUGCUGAAUGUGAACCUGGGGUGGAAAUCCGCUUCUAGACUGGAGAUAUCUGAGAUGCCGAAGCUCCAGAUGUAUCAAACAGUCUUUUUCUCGGGUCUGCGAGUGUUUAUCCAGGUUCUUGCUGUCAAUGUAGGAUUUUCGGGAUGGUUCUAUGAGAUGCCUACGGCGCUCAUGAUUUACUGGAUUACCAGUACCAAUGUUGCGACGCUGCAGACUUGGUUGCUGGAAAAGUACAUGUUUUCGAGACCGCCCAUUCCAGCCUACAAGGCUCAGUACUUGAAGUACCAGAAUGUCGGAGAUCCUUUCAGACUGAAUCUGAAGACUCGUUGA